AUGUACAUGCUCUUCAUUGUUGCCGACACAAUCUGUGCACUGAACAUUUCAGUUGGGGGAGGUGGCUAUGUGGCAGGAUCGUGGUCAUCUCUAGCACCGGCCGUACAAAGUGGAUAUGCCGCUGUUUCGACAGAUGCUGGCCACAGAUCAAACGAUUCAGGAGAUGCCACCUCCUGGGCUUUGGUCAGCGACGGGAACGUCAACCAAUACCUGCUUCUGGACUUUGCAUCGAGGUCCAUUCAUGACAUGACCAUCUUGGGGAAGGCGGGCUGUUCCACUGGAGGAAGACAAGGCAUGAUGGAAGCCCAAAGGUACCCUGACGAUUAUGACGGGAUUGUAGCUGCGGCGCCUGCCAUCAACUGGAACGACUUCACUCCGGCGCAACAGUGGCCGUUCACGGUCAUGAACAACGAAGAUUAUGCACCACCGCAAUGUGAGUUCGACGCCGUCAACGCCGCAGCCAUUGCCGCAUGUGACGCCUUAGAUGGAUUGGAAGAUGGCAUCAUUGCGGCUCCUGGACUCUGCAGCUUUGAUCCGGCAAGUCUCAUCGGGAACACAUACUCAUGUGAGAGCGACGGGAGCCAGAGACGGUUCUCGAACAAAACUGCGACUGUUGUCAAGAAAAUCUGGCAAGGUCCAGUCACAGCUAAUGGCAGCAGCGCCUGGUAUGGCAUCCUACCUGGAACCAAUUUCAGCUCGCUUGCGCCGACGGAGACAUUUGGUAACGGCACCACCGUCCCGCAACCUUUCGAGAUCUCGGACAGCUGGUAUCGGAAUUUCUUGUUCAAAGACCCCAACUAUAAGACUGCGAAUAUCAGUUACGCGCAGUUCCAAGCAUUAACUCUCACCAGUCUCACCAGGAGUACGACUCGGUUAUGGGGCUUGGCUGAUAAUCUCAUCAUGCCGAACGGAACGAUGCAUUACUAUGACCAGGUCGCGGCGCUCGAUCCCGCGGUUGGCGAUUUCUAUCGCGUCUUCUUCACCCCUGGGGUGGGACACUGUGGAGGCGGCAGUGGCCCGGUGCCUGUGGACAUCUUGAUGGCUCUGAGACGUUGGGUGGAAAAUGGCACAGCUCCUGGGCUGCUGGAAGCGGCGAGUACUUACCCCAUCAAUGGGACCAUUCGGAGACAGAACCUGUGUCCCUACCCGUCAAUAUCGAAGUAUGCUGGAUAUGGUGACCCGGCAAAAGCGGCCAGCUUUGCUUGUGACAGCAGUUUCUGA